AUGAGUCUCUCUGACCAACUCUGCAAUGCCUGUGCAACUGGAAAUCUAUUAGAAAUCAUAACUUUACUGCAAAAUGGAGCUGAUGUAAAUAUUAAAAAUGUGUUUAAUAGGACUGCAAUACAGGUGGUGAAGUUGGGGGACUCCCGGGUCAUUGAGACGCUGCUGCAAGCGGGGGCAAAUCCAAAUGUGCCAGAUCCCUCCUGCGGUCUCACCGUGACCCACGAUGCCGCUCGUGAAGGAUUCGUGGAUUCUGUGCGCGUGCUGCUAAAAUAUGGGGCCGAUGUUAACAUGGCAGAUGAAAGAGGUAACCUUCCGCUGCACCUGGCCGCCAGUAAGGGUCACCUGGAGGUUGUCAGGCUGCUCAUUGGAUACACCGAGAAUCGCGGCGUACGCAACAAUGACGGACUCACCGCCGAGCAGCUCGCGCGCGGCAACGGCCACACGGACACAGCCACGUUCAUCCAAAACCAUCAGUAAGAGGAAAGAUGUGAUUAAGAGAGCCUGGAAUCCGUUUGGAAAGCAACUUCUUCUUCUGAUCUUUUGUUUCCCGGACAUUGAACACGUCUAUACGUUAAAAAAAUAAUAAAUUAGCGCUACAAAAACUUGAGAACAAAAAUCUGGUAUUUAUAUUCACAGUCUGGUGGAAAGAAUACUUAACAACACUUACUUACUAAAUGAGAGAAUGUGACUCUUUCAUAUUGUUAUUGAAAACGUGUGAAACUGAGUGCAUAAACGUGUUUUUCAUUGAUAUUUUUAUGCAUUCACCAAACUAAUAUCUUACAAACUGUGAAACAAUGCUUCACCAUUAGGUGCAUCUACACACUUCUAACACAGUCACGUAAACAUUAACUUCUUUUUGAUGCUGCAUUUUGUUUGAUGGUGUUAUGUUCUGGUCAUCAAUGAAAGCGCUCAGGAAACGCCUGGCACCUUUGUGUCUGGGCUAACAUUUAUCUAAAGUUAGUACAAAGUUAUGUUACCAAACAGCAAGCAUCAAAGUGAAUCAUCUAAUUGUAACCUAAGAAUGGUCUUCUGUUUUUUGUGCACACUGCAAAUAAAUCA